AUGGAGCUGGUGCACGUAGAUAUCGCUGGACGCUGUAAUGGAAACUACUACUUCGUGAUAAUUGAUGCCUACUCUAAAUGGCCAGAGAUUUUUCCAACCGCUAGCAUAACCUCAUCAGUGAUUAUACAAAAAUUGGAUGAGACAUUUGCAAGGUAUGGGAAUGGUGACACCAUCGUAUCUGACAAUGGAACACAAUUUGUGAGCGCACAAUUCCAACAAUUUUUGAAGAUGCGAGGAGUGAAUCACGUCAGAACAGCCCCAUAUCACCCACAAUCCAACGGACAGGUAGAACGGUUCGUGGAUACUCUAAAGAGAGCGCUAACUAAGCUUAAAAGCGCGGGAACGAGUGUAGAGAACUUACAAACAUUUCUACAAACGUACAGGUCCACUCCAACCGCGAAUGUACCGAACGGUGAAACACCAGCAGAAGCAUUCUUAAAAAGAAAAAUUAAAACAUCGUUGCAAAGGAACGCAAAGCAAGAGCAACAAUUUAAUACGAAGCACGGUGCGAAGCCAAGACACCUGGCAGCAGGGGAUUUGGUUUAUAUUGGAACAUAUAAGAAUAACAAAAAUCGUUGGGCACCAGGUACCAUUAUCGAGGCACCAAUUCGAGCGCAUAUAAAUCAGUUGAAAAUACGACUUGCUGACAAGGGACCACCGUCUACGGAUGUUACAAGGUUUUUAUGUGACAGUUUCGAUCUCUACCAAGUACCACGGCACCGUCAACAAGCGGUAGAUAAUGGUGACUUACGUCAACCUCCAGAAUCGUCAGAAAAGCAUGACCGACUUGAGGUUCCAGUACAGUUACAGGAUCCCGAGAGGGUCGCAGUAGAGGAUCCAGCUGGUCCAGAUAGAUUUUCUACCCGAAAUGCGCUAGAGAGGCAACCGGCAAGCGAAGCGAGACCGGGCCGAAUAAACAAUACGCCGACGUGGAUGAGUGACUAUGACGUUUCUAAACAAGGAGGGAUGUUGCGGAUAUUGCAUACCUAUUGA